GCCACGGGGUAAGUAGCCUUCACAUUUUUGCCAUUAUUUCCUCACCCACACCUGUCCACACCUGUCCCGCCACACCUGUCGCAUCCUUAAGCAUCCACCUUUACGCAGGAUGUCGCAGGAAGACGAGAUGUGGGCCCCUCUACACAUGCGCAAGAUCUUCGUGGGCGGCAUUGACUACACCACCACGGACGACAGCCUGAGGGAACACUUCUCAUCAUGGGGCGACGUGGUGGACGCCGUGGUGAUGAAGGACAUGAGCAACAACAGGUCACGCGGGUUCGGCUUUGUGACCUUCGGCAGUCCAGACCACGUGGAUGCUGUACAGAAAGCGCGGCCCCACAAGGUUGACGGCAGACUCGUCGAAACCAAGAGGGCCGUGCCGCGCGGGGAGACAAAUAAUUCUGUCCUGCCUACCAGCUCUCACCCAGACCCCACACACACCCGCAUCUUCAUAGGGGGGCUGCCGCAGGAUGUGAAGGAGGAGGACUUGGAGACGUACUUUGCAAACUUUGGGCGAGUCACCUGCGUCAACAUUAUGUACGACAAGAACAGCGGGCGACACCGAGGCUUCGCUUUCGUGGACUUCAACGACUACGACCCAGUGGACAAAGUGCUGUUAACCAGGAACCACAGCAUCAAGGGGCGGCUUAUUGAUGUCAAGAAGGCCAUCAGUAAGACAGACAUCAGUAAGCUCAAGACCCUAAUGACCGGGGCGAUGGCGGGGCCCGAGGCAGCCUUCCUGGCAUCCUUCGGCGGCUCUGGCGGGUCCAAUGAUGGCACCCCUGCCUCCACGCCCAUCCCGCCCCCCCUCGGAGCCCUCCCCGCCGUGCCAGGUACUUCUGCAGCAUCACUCAACGGGUCGGCGAGCGGGCGGCCGUCGGCUCCUGGGGGCGGCGGGGGCGGCUCGGGGAACGCCAAUGCCUCGGGAACCUUAGCAAUGCCCCCCAUGGCUCACCCCUUCUUCCCCCGCCUCCCCCUCGCAGGGCUGCCAGGGUUCUCUGCUCAACUGAGGUCGGGUUGGCAAUACUGCUUGUCGGGGAACGCGGAGGUGCUGCGGAACACUGCCGGAGCCAUCAGCACCCGACCCUCCGGCGCACCCAUGAUCGCACCAGCCGCCAUGACCGGAGCCGCCGCCGCCAACCUCCUCGGGACCGGCAGCGAGGAGGAGGAAGAGGAGGAGGAGGAGGAAGACCAGGUUAUGGACACGGAGGAUGGGGGUUCCGAGGCUUGGGGGGGCACCAGGGGGGAGGACUCCUGCCCCCCCAACGCUCGGGUACUGUUUAUUGAGCCCUUCUAUGGGGGGUCACACCGCCAGCUCAUCGCCUGCCUGAGAGGGGACGAGAGUGUGAUAGGGCCGGAGGAGGCGGCACUGUUCACGCUGCCCAGCAAGAAGUGGCACUGGCGGGCUCGAACGGCAGCACUCUACUUCUUCCAAAAGAUUCCCCUGGCACAUGAGUUCAAGGUUCUGUUUGCCUCGUCCACGCUGAACUUGUGUGAGCUGGUUGGCCUGCGCCCCGACCUUGUCCCGCUGAAGAAGGUCCUGUACUUCCACGAGAACCAGCUGGUGUACCCCGUCAAGAAGCAGAAGGACAGAGACUUCCAGUACGGAUACAACCAGAUACUGUCAUGCCUGGUAGCGGACGUGAUAGUGUUCAACUCCCAGUACAACCUUGAGUCAUUCUUGCGCGAGAUGCCCCGACACAUCAAGCUGCAGCCGGACCACCGACCCGACACUCACACCCUGGUGGAGGCUGUCCGGGCAAAGAGCAGGGUUGUGUUCUUCCCUGUCAACAUUUCCCACAAGACGCGCUCACCCAAGGACGCCCUGGAGCCCCUGCACAUAAUCUGGCCGCACCGCUGGGAGCAUGACAAGGACCCCACCACGAUGUUCAAGGUCCUGUUCCAGCUUGCCGAGGCCGGACUCAACUUCCGGGUGUGUGUGCUGGGCCAGUCCUUCAGCGAGAACCCUCCCAUCUUCGCCGAGGCCAGGCAACGCUUGUCCAACUUCAUCACGCACUGGGGCUACGCGGAGAGCAGGGAAAAGUACUGGGAGCUGCUGCACACCGGGGACGUGGUUGUGUCGACGGCCCACCAUGAGUUCUUUGGGGUGGCCAUGCUGGAGGCAGUGGGGGCCGGCUGCUUCCCAAUAUGCCCCAACAGGCUGGUCUACCCCGAGAUAUUCCCACAGGAGUGUCUGUACAACACCACACAGCAGCUACAGAAGAGUCUGGCCCAGUGGUGUGCCCGCCCACAGCUGGUUCGGUCCAAGAAGGUCAACCUCGAUCUCAACACCUUCUCCUGGGCAACACUCAAGGGCCAGUACAGUGACCUCCUGACCUAACGUGGCCUGACCUCACCUCCUCAACCUCCAGCGCCUCCUCCUCCUCCUCCUCCUCCUCCUCCUCUGAUGGGAAUGGAGUUGUCGACCUUAUGAGUAUAGUGACCUAACCUGAUGUGGCCUAAACUUCCUCCUCCUCCUCUUCUUCUUCUUCUUCUUCUUCUUCUUCUUCUUCUUCUUCUUCUUCUUCUUCUUCUUCUUCUUCUUCUUCUUCUUCCUCCAUCUCCUCUAAUGCCUCUUAUUCUUCCUCCUCUUCCUCCUCCUUCUCUUUUUCUUCCUUCUCUUCCUCCUCCUCCUCCUCUUCCUUACACUUCAUCUCUUUCUUCUUCUUCCUCCUCCUCCUCCUCCUCCUCCUCCUCCUUACACUUCAUCUCUUUCUUCUUCUUCCUCCUCCUCCUCCUCCUCCUCCUCUUCCUUACACUUCAUCUCUUUCUUCUUCUUCCUCCUCCUCCUCCUCCUCCUCCUCCUCCUUACACUUCAUCUCUUUCUUCUUCCUCCUCCUCCUCCUCCUCCUCCUCCUCCUCCUCCUUACACUUCAUCUCUUUCUUCUUCCUCCUCCUCCUCCUCCUCCUCCUCUUCCUUACACUUCAUCUCUUUCUUCUUCUUCCUCCUCCUCCUCCUCCUCCUCCUCCUCCUCCUCCUCCUCCUCCUGCCACUUAGUACAACAGUGUUUCCGAGAGUCAGCCAGUCAGUCAGUAGGUUGUGUCUGUGUGUCUGUCUGUCUGUUUCUUUACGUAAUGAGAGAGAAGAAGAAGAAGAAGAAGGAAACAAAGAAUGAAUUAGCAAAAGGUGGUUUAGAGAGAGAGAGAGAGAGAGAGAGAGAGAGAGAGAGAGAGAGAGAGAGAGAGCGAGAGAGAGAGAGAAAUCCAUUACGACAUUAUUCCUUUCGUAACUCUCUCUCUCUCUCUCUCUCUCUCUCUAAUAUGUAAGAGAGAGAGAGAGAGAGAGAGAGAGAGAGUUCACCAUUACAACCGAAUUUUUUUUUUUCUUUCGAUGUUUCGUAAUCAAUUUAUUUUCUCAUCUUUUCGUAAGUGAUGCAGAACUUUAUUUUUUACGUAAUAGAGGAGCGAGAGAGAGAAGGAGAGAGAGAGAGAGUGGGAAAAGUCUAUCAAUGCAACUUCAUUUUCCUUUUUGUCAUUUUCUAAUUUAUUUUCUCCGUUUUUCUCUCUUUUCAUACAUAGAGGAGGAGCGAGCGAGCGAGAGAGGAAGAGAGAGAGAGAGAGACAGUCCACAUAAUUUAUUUCUCGGUUAAGUCAUAAAUACUUCCGCCAUGAUAUUUAAAUACCCCAGAAUUCUCUUAUUGGUACCAGUAAUGGCGCCGAUCAGAAACAACGGUACCAUUAACAGUGUCAGAUCAAUCCCAAUGCCAUGUAGCACCUCUUAUCGGUACCAGAAAUGGCGCCGAUCAGAAAUAACGGUACCACUUUCUCGGAACCCUUACCGAAAAACCGCACCCUGACCCGACAAAAAUGCCUUCGGAACGACCUCCAUGUGCGUCAGUUCGUACGUACCACACAGUUGGGCCUUAAAUAACCAGAGUGGCGGUGCGUGUGACCUUUGAUAACCUUUGAUGACCUUUCAAAUACAAAAUAGGGAGGGAGGGAUUUCAGGGUCAAGGUCAGGAGGAGGAAGGGGGGUAGUGGGGUAUGACUAGGCUGUUCGUCGCUCUUGUAGUCUGUGUUGUAGUGUGUAGUGCGUCGACGUAGUGACUCGUAGCGACGUCGGAAAAGUAGCAGCGAGCGCAGUUCCUUUCCUGGCCUUUCUCUUCCUUGGUACCAAUAAGCGACUAUCGGUACCAUUGACUGUCAGAAUUGGUACCUUUAAAUGACUGCCGGUACCUUAGUGUCAGAAUUGGUACCAUAACUUUAGUCCCUUUCUCUUCUCGAUACCAAUAAGUGGCUCGGUACCAUUGACUGCCAGAAUUGGUACCGUUACGUGACUGCCGGUACCUUAAAGUGUCAGAAUUGGUACCAUUAACUCAAAUUGGAACCAGUAACUGAAUAUUGGUACCAGCAACUGUCAGAUUGGUACCAUAACUUAAGUCCCUUUCUCUGUAGGUAGUGUUGCGGAUCUUCGUACUUACGGUAAAUUGCCUGUAGUCUCGGCUAGCCAGUACUGGGUGUUGCGUGUUCCCGUGGCGGCGGAGGUGGAGGCGGAGGUGGCGGGGGCAUGCUAGAGUGUAUUGACGUAAUCUUAAAACCCUCAAAAUUGUGACAGCGCAGGAUAGAGGUUUAGGAGCAGGACAUACCCGAGUCGUCACGCCAGCCGUCGCCCGAACACGCCGUAGCUUAGGUAGGCCAUAAGUCACGUAGCCAAAACAAAGUCUCAAGAAAGCGUAGUGAUGUCGAGUUGACGUAGCGGUAACUUACAUGAGGCUAAGGGGCGCGUGACAACACCUCUCGGAGCCUUAAGUUUGUAUGUUUGAAAAGCCUCAAAGGGAAAGGGCACUGGGGGUGUUCAUGGGCUGUUUUGUGACCCUGGGGAGAGUUUGACACGACCUCUGACCUGUAAAACAAUCACGGGGAUCCCAAAACAGUCUAUGGAAAGCCCAGACAGGCCCAUAACCUUGCCAGAUUGCCUUCGGGGGGGUGAGAAAAGAGAGUAUGUGUGAGGAAGUCUUUUAAAAAAUGAGUUAUAGGGUCAUUUUCAGGCUGACAUAGACAACAUAGGGGUGGGGGGGGGGGCCUAUAUCCCCCCCAGAAAUUAUGGCCUUGAUAGAGCAACUUCUAGGAGAGGGUUUUCAAGAGGGGGGAUUUUCCGGUUCAAAAUACAGAGGCCUUGUCAAGCCAUCACCAGGCCCGCAAAACACUCCAUGAAUAUUCCAAACCAACCCCUAGAAGAGGCGUUUCAUGGAUGAUUUUUCAGUUGAAGAUUCAGAAGCCACAUCAAACUAUCACCAGGCUCACAAAACAGUCCAUGUAAACCCCUGAGGCUUAUUGAACAGGUGAACUUGAGGCUCUGAGGCGGGUGAUCAUUGUGCCCCAUGACGUAGACAGCUUGGUGGAGUGUGGUAGAACCGUACAUGGCAACAGUUGUUCCUUGGGGCUGUCCUGCAUGCUUGGUUCACUUAGUUUGUGUCUCAAUUCCUUGGUCACCCCACGUUUGAUGUUCUCUGUGUGUGUGUGUGUGGUACAGAAGGUAUAUGUGUGUGUGUGUGUACGUAAUCUGUCCUUUUUGUAAUUCUUGUAAUGGGUCAAAAAUGGGAGGUACGGAUAUUUUUUUUUCGUUUGUUUUUUGUCGUCGUUUGAAUGUGAAUUGGAAAGCGGUUUGUGAUUUUUUUUUUUAUUUGUGUGUGUGUGUGUGUGUGUGUGUGUGUGUGUGUGUGUGUGUGUGUGUGUGUGUGUCGUAA